AUGCUGUCCUCCGCCAGAAUCGCAACCCGGCAGGCUGCCGUGCGCCGCAUGGCCGCUCUCCCCGUCUCGGCCGCGCGAGCCGGCUCUACCUGGGCCAACGUCCCCCAAGGUCCUCCUGCCAUUCUCGGUAUCACCGAAGCCUUCAAGGCCGACAAGUUCGACGGAAAGAUCAACCUCGGUGUCGGCGCCUACCGCGACGACCAGGGCAAGCCCUACGUCCUCCCCUCCGUCCGCACGGCCGAGCAGAAGGUCGUCGCCGCCAAGCUGAACAAGGAGUACGCCGGCAUCACCGGCGUGCCCGAGUUCACAAAGUCGGCCGCCGUCCUCGCCUACGGCGCCGACUCCUCCGCCCUCGGCCGCCUCGCCAUCACCCAGUCCAUCUCCGGCACCGGCGCCCUCCGCAUCGGCGGCGCCUUCCUCGCCCGCUUCUACCCCGGCGCCAAGAACAUCUACAUCCCCAACCCCUCGUGGGCCAACCACGGCGCCGUCUUCUCCGACGCCGGCCUGACCGUCAACAAGUACCGCUACUACGACCAGAAGACCAUCGGCCUCGACUUCGCCGGCAUGCUCGCCGACAUCAAGGCCGCGCCCAAGAACUCCAUCUUCCUCUUCCACGCCUGCGCCCACAACCCCACCGGCGUCGACCCCACCCCCGAGCAGUGGCGCGAGAUCUCCGCCGCCGUCAAGGCCGCCGGCCACUACGCCUUCUUCGACAUGGCCUACCAGGGCUUCGCCUCGGGCAACACCGACACCGACGCCUUCGCCGUCCGCCACUUCGUCGACGAGGGCCACAACGUCUGCCUCGCCCAGUCCUUCGCCAAGAACAUGGGCCUCUACGGCGAGCGCGUCGGCGCCUUCUCCAUCGUCGCCCAGGACGCCGAGGAGCGCGCCCGCAUCGACUCCCAGGUCAAGAUCCUCGUCCGCCCCCUCUACUCCAACCCCCCCGUCCACGGCGCCCGCAUCGCCUCCGCCAUCCUCAACGACCCGGCCCUCAACGAGCAGUGGCUCGCCGAGGUCAAGGGCAUGGCCGACCGCAUCAUCACCAUGCGCGCCCUGCUCAAGGAGAACCUCGAGAAGCUCGGCUCCGCCCACGACUGGUCCCACAUCACCAGCCAGAUCGGCAUGUUUGCCUACACCGGCCUGACCCCCGACCAGAUGGACACCCUCGCCAAGGAGCACUCCGUCUACGCUACUAGGGACGGCCGCAUCUCCGUCGCCGGCAUCACCACCGGCAACGUCGGCCGCCUCGCCGAGGCCAUCUAUAAGGUCAAGGGUUAA